AUGCCGGGUGAACAUGAUCCUAACGCGCUUUGGCUGGCGCUGAAUGAGCAAAGCGAUGGUACUAAUUUGUUUAACGCGUAUCCCAAACUCCUGGCGGAACUGCUCCGGCAAGAGGAUGCUGCCAGGCUGGAGGGAGACACCAGCGAGGCGGAGAAGCUUGUGCUGCCCAGCGAUAAAGAAUGGCGUCUCCAACAAUAUUUUCUUCUCGUCGCCAUGCAGAAGUCACUCGAAACGGACGCAAUAAAGGAUGAUGCUGUUAACAAAUGCAUCAGAAAGAACUCUGAUGACAUCGCUGAAGAAUGGGCGCCAUGGAACCUGGUGGUUUGCACGAAAAAUCCAAACGCACCACCGCCUGUGGCCAUCAAAACAACUCCGGGUCCAGCGUGGGACAUUGGCCAGGUUCUCAAGGCAGCCCGUUUACUUCACAAACCACCAUUGGAAGUCGAUUUUGCCGAUGAGCAGGAAAUGCGCUGCGUUUACUCACUCAUCUACGAUGUAUUUCGAUAUAAAUCGAUUCUAGACCAAGCUAUAGAAGAUAUCGAUUUUUUCGGCAACUUCCCGCAGUACUCCGAUCACCGGCACGUGACGUGGCUGUUCCUGAUGGAGCUGGCGCGGCGCAAGUGGGGCGCCCGGACCAGGGAGGAGUUGGAGCGGACCACGGCGCUCCUGGGCGCGGCGGGGGCCCCCUUCGAGGACAUUGAGAGCAGCAUUUGGGAGCAGAGGGUGCACUUCGCGGCCGCCAUCGCCAGGAUCCGCAUCAAGAAUAGGGCCUACACGUUAUCAGACCUCCUGCCUGCUCACCUCCGCGAUGAAUGCGUGUCGGCCUGUGUUAACAAGGAUACUGUCACCGGCUGGGUCAACACUUUCAAAGCGAAGAAAGUGGCACUGCUAGUGCAAAGAUUGCACGAGCUCGGUUAUUCCUACAGCUGUUCGCGACAACUGUGUGCUGGGGAGUACAGGUUCGAUCGUGUGUGCCCAAGGUUCAUAACUCUCCGCCCACCUGACAAUCUAAGCAUUGGACAGUUGGAAUUAGUCAAAAAUGGCGUCAUAGUUCUUCAGGAGCGCGAGUUCUGCGAGGGCGCGUCGACGCUGUGCCGCGCGCUGCGAGCGAACUCGCUGCAGGGCGCGGUGGCGCAGACGCACGCGUCGUCGCCGCGCUGCUCCGCCUACUUGGCCGCGCAGCUGCGCGACCUGGCGGCGGUGGUGCGGGCGAGCAGGCCGCCGGCGCCCGCCACGCCCGAACUCGGGCGGCUGGUCGUUUUCGGCGCCGGGGACAAGGUUGGCAGCUACGUGAGCUCGCUGCGCGAGCUGGGCAUCGAGGCGUCUGGCGCAGAGUCGGAGGCGGCGGUGCGCGUGCUCAGCGAGCCGGUGCACGGCGACUCGCCGCUGGUGGCGAGCGCCCUGGACGGCGUGGUGGCGGCCCUAGCCACGCCGCCCAACUCCUACUCGGCGGUCACCGACCCCAUCGACCUCGUGUGCGGCCGCGGCGGCGACCUCGCCAUGCUGGAGAUUCUUACAGAGUCAGAAAUGGACGUCAAAGGUAAAGCUCGCGUGCAAUCGAUUCUCGAGGAACAGAAGAGGACUUUGAAAACGCUUAUGUCAAAGCCACAGAUCCAGUUGAUUCUGUACGAGACGCACUCCGCGCUGCAGGCGGAGAACGAGGCGCAGGUGACGCGCGCAGUGGCGGAGGCGAAUCGUCUGGCGAGGGAGCGGCACGCGCUACUUAGGAGGAAGCACAAGGUGCAGAAACCGAAAAAAGAGGCUGAAGCUCUCUCGGAUUCUUCAGAAUCUGAUAUAAAUUCGGAUGAACACCAAGAAGACCUCACCGACUGUACUCCCAAUGAAGUAUCUGAUACGGUUUCCUCUCCAGCAACAGAAGGAAUGAGACCAGACAGUGGAAGGACAGUUCUGACCAAACGAACGGAGAACUCUGAAGUUGCUAUCAGACCGGGGACAACUAAGAGCAGACCAAUACCAGACGUCCACAACACAGAUGACGACUUUCCGCGAGAUCCAGACAAAGACAGCCCGGACGUUUACGUUCCAAACUGUGACCUUUUUGAAGUCCAGACCUUGCCGAGCUUGGGUAAUGGAUUGGACAUCAACUACAUUCUAGACAGGGAUGGUUGCUAUCUUGGCCUAAUCCAAAGGAAGGAGUUGACCCGCCUCGACGCCAAGUACAUGAUCCGGGUCGCGGAAGAGCGGGGCCUGUUCGGCGCUGCGGCGAGCGGCGCCAGGCGCAAACGAGUCGAGACGCCCGCCACCGCGCCUAGACGACGCCGCCGCAAGCACAGUUUCGAGGUGGAGCGGAUAGCGGCGCCCACGUACGCGUCGGCGGUGCGCUCGGCGCGGCGGGCGGGCGCCUCCGAUCAGCGGCCGCCGGAGCCGCUGCGCGUGUGCUCGAGGCACGCGCGCCGCGUCGCCGCCGCGGACUACCACGCGCGCUCCGCCUGCGUCUGCGACGCGCGCCACAGACUAGAAAAGCAGUAUGUUGGUCGCACAAAAGUUUUUCUAGUAAUUGGAUUCGAACCCUCGGGUGAAAGAGUUCAGAUCCGCUGUCCAUUUGCCAAUCGGAUCGCCGAAGGUGUCAACGGGGUUUGUAUUCGCAGAGUCAGAAGCUCGCAGGGGUGCGCGUCUGCCGAUGGCGGUGGGCCUGAGGCAGUGGCGGGGGCGGUGGCGGGGGCGGGUUCGGAUUCGCCGCGCGCUUGCCGCCGCCCCUUCCCCCUCGCGGUGCACGAGCUCAGGCUCAGCGCGAGGCAGCGCAAGCUAGCAGCCUCC